AUGUCAUCUACAGUGGAGCAGUCAAUAAUAAAUGUGGUUGGAGAUGAGAUUGUCUUGGGUGGGACUAUACAUUUAAGAAAGGAAGUCUGGGAGAAAAUAAGAAGCAGCACCAGGGACUCUUUAUUCAUUAAAGAACUGGCAGUGGCCGUCUGGGGAACCAAAACCCUUGGGGAGCGCAGUCUUACAGGCAAGGAGUGUCCCACCACAAAAUCUAGUCGACAGCCCCUGACUCCAAAAAAAGUGAAAAUAGUAAAAGCCACCUUUCGUGAAUGGCUAGAGAAUAAAAAAAUUCCAAAGGAGGAACUGGAAGCCAGGGUGUCAAAGUCUGGCCGUUACAUAACCGAAAAAAUAAUGGACAUUAACAAACAAAAAAGAAAGCCAUGUGAAGAGGGGAAUAUUAUCAUAUUAUCAAGGCAGGCAGAGUUCAAUCAAAAAUCCAAGUAA